AUAAAAUCCGCAGUCCUGAUCGCUCUGUUCGCUCUGCUGGGCUGCUGCUUUGCAAUGCGCCAGCAGUCCGUGGCGGUUACUGGAAGGUUGAGAUGUGGCACCAGUCUGGAAUCCGGAGUCAGCUUGAAGCUCUGGGACGAGGACGAUGGCGAUUUAGAAAUCGACCCUGACGAUCUUCUCAGUCAAGGAUUUACUGAUGCUCAAGGUUUCUUCCACUUGAAGGGUUCGGAGCGUGAACUUUCCUCAAUUGAUCCUGUUCUCAAAGUGUAUCACAAUUGUGGUGAUAAGAUAGGCCAACGCAAAGUGAAGUUCCGUAUUCCGAAGUCUUACAUCUCCGAGGGUGGACAUCCCAAGCGUACUUUCGACAUCGGGGUCAUAAAUCUGGAGACCAUUUUUGCUCAAGAAGAACGCGAUUUCAUGAGGUGCCUCAUAGCUCUUGCAAUUACUGGCUGUAGUCUUUCAAUACGGCAACAGACAGUGGCCGUUUCCGGACGACUAAUCUGCGGCGAGAAUUCUGCGGUCGGAGUGAGUGUGAAGCUUUUCGAUGAAGAUGACGGACUAGACGUGGAUGACGUUUUGGAUGAGUGUUACACAGAUGCAAGUGGAAGAUUCUUCUUGACGGGAUCAGAACGAGAGCUGACAAACAUCGACCCUGUCGUGAAGGUAUAUCACGACUGCGAUGAUGGCAUAGUGUUCUACAUUCCUGAUGCGUAUAUCAGUUCGGGAAGAGUGGUGAAAAAGGUUUUCAAUCUGGGAGUGAUCAACCUACAGACGAUUUUCCCCAGUGAAGGUCGCAACUUCCUGUGA